AUGAGUGCCUUCAAGAAGAUGAGGGAGCUUGUUGGAAUAGGGCCAUCACGUGAAUCGGAAUCACGUGCUGGCUCAGUCCCAGCCCCACCUGCUAGCGUGAGCUCCCAGCACAACAAGCUUGUUGACUGCCUACUAGAGACCUGCGAUUCUGACCAGAGUUCCCUGGACGAAUUUGCCAUUUAUUCAGACCCGAGUGAUAGUGACGAUACUGUCCCUGGUUUGUGUGCACCCGCCAUCAUCGAGGGCGACACUUCCCCCUCCCCUUCCAAGGCUUUCACGCGUGGGCAUCGCCGUCGCUCCACGCACGUUACUCGCCGUGACCUUGAGAAGUUUCAAUCGGAGGUCCUAGGCGUUGAAAAUCACGCGUCUUGGUUCGACGAAGAUAACGGCACUCCUCAAUCAUUCACCCCUGACGAUCCUCAACUUGAGGAACUGAACCGAGCUUUCGCCGACGCCGACGUCUGUAUGAACAACGCCGCUAUGGCUAGCAACGGUACCGGCCACGGUAACUUCUCUGGCUAUGAAAACAGUACUGGCACGAUGAACAUUCCCAAUCUUCCUCCCCGCCAGACUCCGUCUCCCGCUCCCUCUCACUCUUCGGUCACCACCCAAAUCAAUGGCGGCGGAAUGGGCGCCAUGGGCGCGGCAAUUCCGAUGAACGCUGGACACCAGAUGGACUUACACCAUCUUUAUGAGAUGGUUGUCGAAUUGAGCGACGUGUUGAAGAACAACCGAGAUGUGACUAAGAACAUCGUCGCGAAUGCGGAGGAGAUUGUGAAAAACGGUAUUGUGGAUAGCUCUGGUGCGAAUGGCCAGCAGGGCGAUAACCUCACCGCCCGGAUUGCCGAACUCGAGCGUGCACUGGCCAAGGAGAAGCUUCUAAGUGCCGAUCACAAGCACCAUCGCGAGGAAAACAUGAAGGUGAUUCAGGAGUUUGAGACUGCCGUAGGUGUUAUGGUUGAGCAAAUCCGCAACUAUUGCCAGAACAACAAUAUGCACUACCUCGCCCAGAAGAAACAUUACAACAAUCUCCUCCAGGCUGAGCGCGACGCUCAUCUGGAGAGUCGGCUCGACCGGGACUACUGGCAUGCACAAACCAUGAAAUGUGCUGAAAUGAUCCGCACCGCCUAUCGUCUGAAAUGCGACGAAGAUGAUGUCCCCACCCGCGUCAUCUCUGGUUUGCAAAACGAAGUUCGUGCCUACCGCUUUGCGCUUGGCAUGGAAGCCGAGAAACCCGAAGAGGAGUAUGGUUGGGAAUAUCUCAAGAAUAUCCCUGGUUUGGAAUAA